UUGGAUUGUGAUGUGGGAACUCGUCAGGUGGACAGGGAGGGGGUCUAUUUUAACGAGCCAAUAGCACGGUUGCCUCGAAUACAUCCAACUUUCACUAUUUCUCAUAAAGUGCUUUUCCCUUUACGUGACCCACAGCCAAACUGCUUCCCUGUCUGUUUUUUCUCUCGCCCGCAAGGAACGAUUCGCUGCUGUGAUGUCUGAGGGACCGAGAAAGCCAAAAAGGAAAUUUGCAGCGACACGUCGACUGCUCAUAAAAGGUAAGCUGCUGAAGAAGGCAGCUUCUAUGCUGGUAGCUGAAAAUGAGGAGAAAGAACUGGAGAAGGAGAGAGUUGUGAACGAGAGCGUUCCUCCUCUGAAGCUGUCAGGCCUGUCAGUCCAGGAGCUCCAGGAACUUUGCAAAGAGUUACACCAGAAGCUUGAUGUUGUCGAUGAGAUGCGUUACGACAUGCAACUUAAAGUCAACAAAAAUGAAAACGAGAUUGUCUCACUGAAACAGAAGAUCAUCGAACUGAAGGGUAUAAAGAAGCCCAGCCUGAAGAGGGUGAAGAAGACCACAGACGACAUGCUGGGUGCCUACAUAGAUGCUUCCAAACUCAAGAAGGCCGACUUCAAGGCCAACCUCAAGACGGUGAAAAAAGAAGAUGAUAAGAAGGAAGAAGUUACCGACUGGCGUAAGAAUGUGGAGGCCCUCUCUGGCAUGGAGGGCAGGAAGAAGCUGUUUACCGCAGGACAAUGAAACCGUGCACAUACCAUAAAGUUACUGUUGGUCAUUUCCACCUGCUAACGUUACAGAUUUCAAACGUCGCGUCUUUGUGUAUUUCUCUGAAUUAUACCAGAAUUAUUGUGCUUGAAAAAUGUUCAAUUUUCAUGCUGAAGUGAAGUGAUUAUAGCAAUGUGUCGUCAUCAUUUAAUGUAAACCACACUAACGCAGCAGGAAUAAUUCUAAUCAUUUUCUGCAGACUGAGAUUGUGAUAUAAAAGAAAUGUUUUAUGCUAUGGAAGUGCAGUAUUUGUAGUGGACAGACGAUGGUGCUGUCCUCCUGUUUGUAGUACAAAUCAAGCUGAAUAAACUAUUUGGUCAUGGUGAAUAAAGCACCAUGACCAAAUGGCUGGAUUAUAA